UUAAUUAAAUUAAGAGACUCACAGUGCUUAUACGAAAAAGAAGGCUGCCCCUUUCAGGCUUCCACCAGCGUGUUUCUCCAAAACUAGCGAUACCCACCUCUGAGCGAUACCCUUUUACCCUAACGCCUCCACUCCAGCGACUUCCUCCGCCACACCAUCAGCGACUACCUCCGGCCACCAGACAUGAGCGCCGCCACCCCAGCGCCUAGCCGGGAUUCAGAGUUUCAGCUAUGGUUGCUGAUGAAACCAACCUCCAACGCCACCUCUCAACUUUCAAACGAGCGAUACCCACCUCCUCCAGCAUUGCCCCUUCGCAGACGACACCAACCUCCUCUCGAUUCUACAAGAAUGGGGGGGCUUUUGCUGCUCAAAAACUUUAAGAAGAAAACAGGAGACCUCAUAUAUAAAGAUUAUGAGACCGAGUCCAAGCUGAAGCUAUCAACCCAUUCUGCCAACGGGGUGGGUCUUACAGCUUCAGCCUCAAAGCUAGGGAAGAUGCAUUUUGCUGAUGUUAAUUUGGAGAUGAAGCGCCAAGCAAUCACUUUCGGAAUGAAAGUAAAAUCUGACUCGAAUGUUGCGGUGUCUGCUAUGCUCGGAGACCCUAACCGGGAUUUGACAACACAUCUAACUUUGAAAGUGCCAUCUAAACAUGCAAUGGUGGAACUGAUGUAUAUGAAGAAAAAUCUAGCACUCAGUGGGAAUUUCAGUAUACAAGGGCAUCCAUUUAUGAGUUGUUCAGCUACUGUUGGAAAUAAGGUGAUCUCAGUAGGAGCAAAUGUCUCUUUUGGUAUGAAAUGCCAACAUCUCACUACAUGCAAUAUCGGUUUAAGCUAUACGAAAAAUGAUCUUAUGGCAUCGUUCACUGUGUCGGACAAAGGGGACACCCUUAGCUUUGCUUAUCACCAGGAUGUAAAUCCUUUCAUGAAAACAGCUGUUGGGGGUGAGUUGACACAUAUUGUGUCGAGCAAUGACACACUGUUGAUUCUUGGGGUCCAGCAUGGCUUGGACCCAGAGACGAUCAUUAAGGCCCGUGCAAGUAGUAUGGGUAAACUAAGUGCCCUAGUUCAGCACCAGUUUUCCCGCAGGGCGCUUAUCACAGCUACUUGUGAAGUCGAUUGCAUGGAUCUAAACAAACGAUCGAGGUUUGGAUUAACAUUGGCAUUGGAUCCGUGAUUAUUCAGAAGUGUUGGGGGUGGGGAUGGGGGGAUUGUGGCGGAGUGAUUGUUAACUUGUCCACAUUGACACUAAUUAAUGACAUAUUGGGAAGUGUUGGACUCACAUUGACACUAAUUAGUUUAUGAGUUGAUAUUGGGUUAUUGAAAUACAAUAUGGUCACAUGAAUUUGAUAGUUUAAAGUAAAUGCGUU